UGAUGAUAACUUAAAUGUAGUCAAUAAAAUGUGUGAAACGUAAAUUGUUCAAGGCGUUUAGUUUUUGUUUGUUUAGUCGUCAGUAUUUAUAAAUUAGAUUGACGUAAAAAAAUUCAUCAAAUCACGAAGAACUGUGAAAGAAAUGGCUCUAGUGUGUGUUUCUGAUUAUGAGAAAAAAGCAUCCGAAAUUUUACCAAAAACUCCAUGGGACUACUAUCGUAGCGGUGCUGGUGCUGAAUUGACCUUAAAACUCAAUGAAAGUGCAUAUAAGCGUAUUCGUAUUCGCCCACGUGUUUUGAUUGAUGUAUCAAAACGAAAUACAAAAUGCAAUUUGCUGGGAAUCGAUUUAAAUGCUCCCAUUUUAAUUGCGCCAACAGCAAUGCAGAAAAUGGCACAUUUUGAUGGAGAAAUGGCAACGGCUAAAGCAGCUGGAAAUUUCAAUACAAUUUAUACAAUGAGUACUUUAUCGACAUGUUCAAUUGAAGAAGUUGAAAAUGCAGCUCCCGGAACAAAUAAAUUCUAUCAAUUGUACAUUUAUAAGGAUCGUGAGCUGACUAAAAAUCUAAUCUGUCGCGCUGAAAAGGCUGGCUUUAAGGCUUUAGUGUUGACGGUUGAUGCUCCGAUUUUUGGACAAAGGCGAUCUGAUGUCAGAAAUAAAUUCGAACUGCCCUCCCAUUUACGAUUGGCGAAUUUCACGGAUGAAAAAUUGUUUGUACAAAGUGCAGGAGGAUCGGGCAUAUCGGAAUAUGUGUCGGCACAAUUUGAUGCAACACUCAAUUGGAACGAUGUUCAAUGGCUUGUCAAUUUUUCAAAAUUGCCAGUAAUUUUAAAAGGUAUCAUGACAUACGAAGAUGCAAGUUUGGCACUUAAGACCGGUUGCAAAGGAAUUAUUGUAUCUAAUCAUGGAGCAAGACAACUGGAUACAGUGCCGGCAACGAUUGAAGUACUUCCGGAAAUUGUUAAGGCUGUUGGUUCACAGAUACCCGUAAUGGUUGAUGGUGGAAUUCGUAAUGGAACGGACGUUUUCAAAGCGUUGGCUUUGGGAGCAAAAGCGAUUUUUGUUGGGCGCCCCAUUUUGUACGGUUUAGCUGUAAAUGGAGAAAAAGGAGUUGAAAGUAUAUUGAACAUACUACGAGAUGAAUUGGAUUCAGCAAUGGCAUUAGCCGGCAUUACCAAUAUUUCCGAAAUUAACAAGAGCUUCAUUGUUCACGAAUCCAAUUUUUGUGUAUCAAAACUCUAAAACGUGCUUUUACGAACGAAAUAUAACAAAUGAUUUCAAUAGA